AUGCUUCUCUUCGAUACAGUGGCGGGGGCAGCGGCUUCGGAAGCGGGUGGGCGGCUGGUUCCCAGGGCGGUUGCAAGUCGACGCGCGCUGUCAUACCAAAUCGUACAGCCGCGCAUGGUCCUAUCAAUCUUGUUUGAGAUAGAGCAAGGCGGUGGAGUCGACCCGCAACGGAAGAGAGUGAAAUGCGGGUCGCAUCACCUCGGCGACGUCACCCGCUUCAUGGAGACCACUCCGGACCGAUUUUCGACGGGGUCUUCACAAAAUUUCCCUCGGCUUUUCAAGGCCGCCUCAAUGAUAUCUUACGGCGUUGGUCGACGGCUGAGCUUAUCCUGA